AUGUCCGGCUUGGGAGAAAAGCUUUUUGUCCGCUUUUUACAAAUCGUUUACACGUUGAUCGUGGCGACGGUGAUGAUCUUCCUGCGUCUGAAACACGGCCCAAAGCUUCUCGAAACGAAAAAAAGAACGACUCCGCCGAAGUGCCUCGAAGGAUGGAACAGUCGAUAUCUUAAACUAAAGGUAUUUUCGUAGCUUGAUUAAGUGGGCAAAUAAAAAUAGGAAAUUUCUGAGCGCAAUUUGAUUAAUUUGCUGUGUUCUUUGUAUAAUGGAAUUCUCUUUGAAAGUCUCAGAAAAACAAUAACUUGUUUUCCAAAUAACUAUUGAAGAACGUGCGGCUUCACUACGUGCAGACGGGCGAAGAUUCGAAGCCGUUGAUGUUGAUGAUCCACGGAUUUCCUGAAUUUUGGUAUUCCUGGCGGUUCCAACUGCGCGAGUUCCAAGACGACUACAGGUAGAAGCUUUUUUGAGUUUCGGUUCAUACAUCAAUGAUUUCUGAGCUGAUGUGAGUGUAAUAUAUAACGUUUGAAUAUGUAAACUGUGUAAACACGAGCAAAGUUUCUUAAAAAGUGUCCAAAAUUUCUCUAUUUUUUUUUAGAUGCGUCGCAAUUGACCAGAGAGGCUACAACCUCUCGGACAAGCCGAUGGGCGUCGAAUUCUACACAGCAGAGCUGUUGGUCAACGACGUCAAGGAGGUCAUCGAAGCUCUAGGUAUUCCAGAAAAAAAAAACUCCAAGACUAACAAACCAAAAAUAAUUAUUCAGGGUACGAAAAGGCCGUGGUAGUCGGUCAUGACUGGGGAGCUCUAGUGGCAUGGAAAGUUGGUUUUUUAAAAAUAAUGAGCAAUGAUCAUUUAUUUCAUACAAGAUAAAUGCAAUAUUUCUCGACGUUAUCUUUUUUUUUUUAAGUGGCGAGAGAUAUUUUUCAGCUUGCCAUCAGUUAUCCUGAGCUGGUAGACCGCCUGGUGAUUCUGAACGCUCCACAUCCGACGGCCUUUAUGAAGGUGAUCAGCACCAACUUCAAACAGUUCAGAAAUAGUUGGUUAGUCGGUUUUCACUUAAAUUGAAGUAGAAAAAAAAGUAGUAUGAGAUUGAAAGAAGGAGCUUUAGGCUACACAAAUGUGUAUGAACUGGGAAAAAUGAGUAUGAGCUCAAAACAGAAGAGAAUCAGCUUUAAAAAAGAGUGAGAGCUUAGGAAAAAAAAAGAGUAGGACUCAUACUGUAUGAGCUUCUAACUUGUAAAAUGGAGUUUCAGAAAAUCCUCCGUUGACGUCAAUAUUUUAUUAAUUUAAUGGAACCUGAAUGAAUUUUAAUUUUACGAAUACUUCAAGCGAAAUGAAACUUUACAAUUUAACGUUGAUUAUUGCACUGAAAAGAGAAAAUAAUAAGAAUUGAGCACAAGUUCAAGUUCCAAAAAAUGAAAAAUAUCAGAUUUUUUUCGAGACAAAGGCUAAAAACAGGAAUUUCCCAAUGAAAAUAGUCGUGUUGUGUUUGCUCCAAGGACAAAGUUGGCCUGAGUUUUCAUUAGUUUAUUCCAGUCACCCAACCUAUUUCAGGUACCUUUUCUUUUUCCAAACGCGUAUUCUACCGGAAAUGUGCUGCACGACUUUUGACUACAAGUUGCUCGAGAAGGCCUUCGAAGGCAUCAAAAACCGAGAAAAUCUGACCGAUGAGGAUUUGGAAGCCUGGAAGUACACUUUCGGACAGAAAGCUGGUACUGAACACGACAAUUUAUUCACGGAAUUUUCAAUUUGAGAUGCUUUCUCUUUUCCUUUGCACUACUACCGGAACAUUUUCAACAGCAAACCUCCAACGACUUCCUCCGGUUAAGGUGAAUUUGGAUAUUUUAUUCAAGAAUAGCAAUAAAAAUGUGUUUUAAGCCGAGAACAUUGAUAAUUUGGGGGACCGGCGACACUGCUUUGGUACCAGAAUGCGCCAAAAACAGCUUGAAGGUUGAUUUUUUUUUUUCGUUUUUUAGAGAACCAUGUUCAAUUGAAUUUUUUCGAAGGUUGCGAUAGCUGUUAUUGAAGAAUGGGUCCUGACACGAUGAAAAACUAGAGAGUGUCUGGUUAUUGGAGAGCCCAGACAGGCCACGCCCCUACGCGUCCCAAAACCCUAUCUCUUCUUCUUCUUUCGUGUCAGGACCCUUUUUCGAUAAAUCAAGCCAGACUUGAAUCGGCUAUUAGGAAAAAUCCAAAAAUUUUAUUUCCUGAAAGAAAGGUCUUCAGUACUGCGAGGACGGUGAGGUGAAGUACGUGGAGGGGGCUUCCCACUGGGUUCAGCAGGACGAACCGAAAAUCGUCAAUCGCCACAUCCGCGAAUUCCUUGAGCAACGGGGCUGA